AUGGUUCGAUUCUCCGACGCAUCGUGGAUGCUGCCUCUGGUGCUGGCGUUGGUGUACAACAUGGACUUCAUCGUCGCGAACGCCCCGAUGACGGUCUUCAGGGUCGCGAACCACGUGUUUUACUCGCUCGCGGUGAGAAAGCACAUGCUCAAAGAGGGAAAGGAGUCCACGCCGGGUUCACACACGCUCUGGUCCUACGUCGCAUCCAUGCUCUGCACAUUCGCCUCCAGGAUCGCGCUCGCCGUGCUCUGGACCUGGCCGACGAGCGGCGUACCCAACCUGCUGGAGAAGCUCCCCGCGAACCUCCAGGACGCCACGAUCGCUUGGGCGAUCGUCAACGCGGCACCCGCCGAUUGGAUACGUCGCUACACCGGCCCCGGUCCAGCGGGCACCGCGGGACGGGCCCUGCUGCACGCCGUCGCCGGCUUCAACAAACACGCGUCGCUGCGGAAGACGCUCAGCCGCGCGGCGUCCCUCGCGGUGGGACCGCGGCUCGCGCUGGGCGCCGCCGUGGGCGCCGCGGCACCGCUGUUUAAGCAGCUCACGGACCGCGUCGUGGCGUCCGAACCGACGCCGUGGUCCGCGGUGGCGUUCGCGGUCGGGAAGGAGUAUCUCAGGGCGCUCUGCACGCACUCGGCGGCGACGGCGGCGGCGUCGGGUGGAGUCCUCGUGGGAAUGGGCGAGAGGCUUCGAUGCGGUGUCGUGACGUUCGGCGUCCCUUGGCUCGACGCCAACGUCUGCGUGCCGAAGCGUCGGGGGCUGGACGACGACGUGCGCCGGCUAGUGCACGGCGUCGUUCUGUUUUAUCUGGUGCGACUGUACGUGCGCAGGGGUUUGGCUCCGACGACGUGGGGGCGCGCGGCGCCGGUCGAGGCGAAGGCGAAGGCGAGGACGAAGGCGACGAGGCGCUCGGCGAGGGUGCGGUCGAGGAAGACCAAGGGGGAUUAG